GCUUCACUCGAGCCGCAAACUAGGUUCCGUUUCGCGCCCAAACAGUCGAGGCACGAAGAGUUGAGCGUGACUCGAUUAGUGGUCUCUGAUUAACAUGAAAUCGAGUACACCAUUGCGGAAGAUUGCGGAGGGAAACGCUAAUCGUUCUCUCACGAGAAUGCCGAGCAAAGAAACCGCGCGGGGCAAGAUGCACGUCAUCAAGCGCAAUGGGCGCAAAGAGGACGUUCAUUUUGAUAAAAUUACUUCAAGAAUUGCCAAACAAUGUUAUAAUUUAAAUAUGAAUUAUGUGGACCCAUCCGCUGUUGCAAUUCAAGUGAUACGUGGUUUAUAUUCUGGAGUAACUACGGUUGAAUUAGAUAAUCUUGCAGCUGAAACUGCUGCUACUAUGGCAACUAAUCAUCCUGAUUAUGCUAUAUUAGCUGCUCGAAUUGAUGUGUCUAACCUGCACAAGGAGACUAAAAAAAGCUUUAGCGAGGUCAUGCACGAUUUACAUUAUGCCCGGGAUCCUAUCACAAACAUGCCUACUCCUAUUAUCAGCGAGCACUAUUACACGAUUAUAAAGAAUAACGCAGAGAAAUUGGAUUCUGCUAUAAUAUAUGACCGAGAUUUCAAUUACAAUUAUAUUGGUUUCAAAACGCUCGAGAGAAGCUAUUUGCUCAAAAUCAAUGGCAAGAUAGUGGAAAGACCUCAACACAUGCUGAUGAGAGUAUCUGUUGGCAUCCAUGAGGAUGACAUUGACAAAGUUAUAGAAACGUACAAUUAUUUGUCUGAACGAUACUUUACACACGCGUCGCCAACGUUAUUCAACGCCUGUACUAAGAACCAACAAAUGUCAAGCUGUUUCCUUUUGACUCUCAAUGAUGAUACUAUAAAAGGUAUUUAUGGCACGUUAAAGAAGUGUGCUCUUAUUAGCAAAUACGCUGGUGGAAUAGGGAUCAAUGUGCAUUGUAUCCGCGCAAAAGACACGGAUGACAUGUACGACACGGAUGGAACUAAUGGAUUGAUUUCCGUCCUGAAGUUGUAUAACGACAUUGCUAUUUAUGUUGAUCAAGGAGGAAAUAAAAGACCCGGAGCGUUUGCUGUUUAUUUAGAACCAUGGCAUGCGGAUAUCUUCGAUUUUCUGGAACUUAAGAGGAACAUUGGGGAUGGAAAUAUGCGAGCCAGAGAUUUAUUUUAUGCUCUGUGGAUACCUGAUCUCUUCAUGGAACGUAUGUUCAAUGAUGAAGUUUGGAGUUUGAUGUGUCCGUAUGAGUCUCCUGGCUUAGCUGAUGUCUGGGGAGAAGAAUUCAAGGAAUUAUAUACUAAAUAUGAGAAAGAGGGUCGCUAUAAAAAGCAAGUAGAAGCCAGGACUGUGUGGCUCGCUAUUCUCAGGUCGCAAGUAGAAACUGGAACGCCUUACAUGCUCUACAAAGAUCACUGCAAUCGAAAAUCGAAUCAUCAGCACUUGGGCACGAUCAAGUGCAGCAAUUUGUGCACCGAGAUUGUUGAGUACUCCAGUCCCGAAGAAGUCGCUGUGUGCAAUUUAGCAUCUAUCGCCGUUAACAUGUUCGUCAAUACUAGCGAUAAGACUUUCGACUUUAAUAAGCUUAAAAUGGUCGCGAAGAUCGUCGCUCGUAAUUUGGAUAAAGUUAUUGACGUUAAUUUUUAUCCUAUCCCUGAGACAAAACGGUCCAAUCAGAGACAUAGACCUGUCGGUAUCGGUAUACAAGGUUUGGCAGACGCAUUUUUGUUGAUGCGAUAUCCGUUUGAGAGCAAAGAGGCGAAAGAGCUCAACAUUAAAAUCUUCGAAACGCUUUAUUACGGUGCCUUGGAAGCCAGUUGCGAGUUGGCUGCGGAAAAGGGCACCUACGAAACGUAUGAGGGCAGUCCGGUCAGCAAGGGAAUCUUGCAAUACGAUAUGUGGAACGUUAAACCGACGAAUUUAUGGGACUGGGAUGAAUUGAAAGCGAAAAUCGCGAAGCACGGAGUGAGAAAUUCGCUCCUAAUAGCACCUAUGCCGACUGCGUCGACGGCGCAGAUUUUGGGAAACAACGAAUCCAUCGAACCGUACACCAGCAAUAUCUACGUAAGACGUGUAUUAUCUGGGGAAUUCGUUAUUGUCAAUCCGCAUCUGUUACGAGACUUGACCACUAAAGGUUUGUGGGACAAAGAUAUGCAGAACGAGAUUCUUGCGAGCUUUGGAUCUGUUCAAAAUAUCGAACGUAUUCCCGACGAUCUGAAGGAGCUGUACAAAACUGUUUGGGAGAUCCCGCAAAAAGUAAUUCUCGAAAUGGCAGCCGAUCGAGGAGCUUUUAUAGAUCAGUCGCAGUCGUUGAAUGUUCAUAUAGCGGAUCCGACAACUGAGAAACUCACGUCGAUGCACUUCUUCGGCUGGAAAAGCGGUUUGAAGACAGGUAUGUAUUACUUGAGGACAAAGCCGGCCGCAAAUCCAAUACAAUUUACCGUGGAUAAGUCGAAAUUACGAAGUCGCGACUCCUUGUCCAGCUCUUCGUCCAUCUCUAACAUCGUCAGCCCUAUUCAGUCUCCCAAUAAAGACUCUGACAACACUGAGAAACAAAAUCAAAUCAAUCAGCAAGCGAGCGGAAAUCAACGUGAACUAGCACGAGCUAAGAACAUGAAAAAAACCGUAAAGAAGGCAGCAGCUGAACAAGAGAGUAAUAAAGGCCUUUCUCUGGAACAGCGCAAAGCACGUGAUGCAGAACGAAUGAGGGAGAAGCAACAGAAGAAGCAACAGGAUGAUAAGACAGAUAAGCCUAAGCAGGCGGCGAGAUAAUUCAACGGGAGAAGUGUAUAAAUUUUUGCAAUAAGAAUGGCUGCCAUCAAUGGCAACAAUUAAGAUUAUUACGACUGCAAGAGACAAAGGAUAACGCUUAUCGGGAAUAUAAAAGGUAUCAUCAUGUCGUUGAUGUUAGGAAAUGUCGGCCGCAUGAAGCCGUAUACAACAGGACCUAGCCUCGAUUAUCUUGUUAUUUACACGUAUCGCUCACAGAAACAGUUGUAGUCAGUGUGUAUAAAGCUUGUCGUUAUCUAUACCUAAAUUCAGUCAAAGAAAUUUUACAUUUGACUGGUUUCUCUAGAUAUAAGGACAUUAAUUAAAAUAAUGAUAUUGAUAGUGCUAAUUUCCAAUCUGUAAAUUUUGACUUUCACUUAUUUAAUGUUAUGUAAUUAAAUGUAACAGGUGAACGACUUGGAGAUGUACAUUUGCUAUUAUCGUCCUCUCUGGUUCGUAAUAAACUGUUUAAAUUUUAACAAAAUACGUAUAUUUUGUGCGACAUAUGUA